UUUGGUUGAAUUUCACUCGCAUUUAGAGUUCAUUUCGCAGUGGUGUUGGGAGAAACCCUCUUUUCGUCUCACUUUUCACGCCCUAUCGACCCGAUGGUACGGUGAGAGAGCUCGUGAAGCUCGAAACGUCGCCGUUUUUGGUCAAGAGAAUGGAUCAGAAGCGUCAGCAGCAGCUCAGGGACGUCGGAUCGAAGCUCGAGAACCCUCCGGCCACCAAAGACGCUCUCGUUAAGCUCUUAAAGCAAGCUGCAACAUGUUUAACUGAGUUGGAUCAAUCACCGUCAGCAUCAAUUUUGGAAUCACUGCAGCCUUCUCUGAACGCAAUUGUCAAGCCAGAACUGCUGAAACACCAAGAUAGGGAUGUUAAGCUUCUCGUUGCAACAUGUAUUUGUGAGAUAACCCGGAUUACUGCUCCUGAGGCUCCUUAUAGUGAUGAUGUUCUGAAGGAUAUCUUUCGCUUGAUUGUGAGCACUUUUAGUGGGUUAAGUGAUACAAAUGGUCCAGCAUUUGGAAGGAGAGUUGUUAUCUUGGAGACUCUAGCAAGAUAUAGGUCAUGUGUUGUGAUGUUGGAUCUUGAGUGUGAUGAUCUAGUGAAUGAAAUGUUCCGUACAUUUUUUUCUGUUGCGAGGGAUGAUCAUCCUGAAAGUGUCUUAACAUCAAUGCAAACUAUCAUGGUUGUUCUCUUGGAAGAGAGUGAGGAUGUUCGGGAAGAUCUUUUAUUUUCUAUCCUGUCUAUUUUAGGUCGCAAUAAGAGUGAUGUUACGACAGCUGCAAGGAGGCUUGCUAUGAAUGUUAUAGAGCAUUGUGCAGCAAAACUUGAACCUGGCAUAAAACAGUUUCUGGUGUCAUCGAUUUCAGGAGAUAACAGGUCGAUGAACAGCGAAAUUGACUACCAUGAAGUUAUCUAUGACAUUUAUCGUUGUGCUCCUCAGAUCCUAUCGGGAGUUACUCCCUACCUCACAGGAGAGCUAUUGACAGAUAAUUUAGAUACUCGUUUGAAAGCGGUGAAAUUAGUUGGAGACCUGUUUGCUUUGCCGGGUUUGGCUAUUUCUGAAGCAUUUCAACCUAUAUUUUCGGAGUUUUUGAAGAGGUUGGCUGAUAGAGUAGUUGGGGUUCGUAUGUCUGUCCUCGAACAUGUCAAAAGUUGUCUGCUGUCCAAUCCUUCUAGAGCCGAAGCUCCUCAGAUCAUUUCUGCACUUUGUGACCGGCUGUUAGAUUAUGAUGAAAAUGUUCGGAAACAAGUUGUUGCUGUAAUUUGUGAUGUGGCCUGUCACUCUCUAAGUUCCAUCCCAGUUGAAACUGCAAAGCUAGUUGCUGAGCGUCUCCGAGACAAAUCUGUACUUGUUAAAAAGUAUACCCUAGAGAGGCUGGCUGAGAUCUACAAUCUUUAUUGCUUGAGAUGUUGUGAUGGCUCACUGAAUCCCAGUGAAUUUGAUUGGAUUCCUGGGAAGAUUCUAAGAUGUUUUUAUGAUAAAGAUUUCAGAUCAGAUACAAUUGAAUCGGUCCUGUGUGAGACCCUGUUUCCAACUGAAUUCUCAAUCAAAGAUAAGGUUAAACAUUGGGUAAGAGUUUUCUCAGGAUUUGACAAAGUUGAGGUUAAGGCUCUUGAAAAGAUACUGGAGCAGAAACAAAGGUUGCAACAAGAGAUGCAGAGGUAUCUGUCUCUUAAGCAGAUGCAUCAGGAUGGUGAAGGUCCUGAGAUCCAAAAAAAGGUCACCUACUGCCUCAGAAUUAUGUCUCGCUUGUUUGCUGACCCUGCAAAGGCUGAGGAGAAUUUUCAGAUACUUGAUCAAUUAAAAGAUGUUAACAUUUGGAAGAUUUUAUCAAGUUUAAUUGAUCCAAAGACUAGUUUCCAUCAAGCUUGUUCCUCUCGGGAUGAUUUGUUUAGGAUUCUUGGUGAGAAACACCGUCUCUAUGAUUUCUUAGGCACACUCUCUUUGAAGUGCUCUUAUUUACUUUUCAACAAGGAGCAUGUGAAAGAAUUCCUUCUGGAGGCUGCCAUUCAAAAAUCUUCUGGAAACACCCAAUAUAUUCAAUCUUGCAUGAAUGUAUUAGUGGUUCUUGCACGCUUCAGUCCGUUGCUACUGAGUGGGGCUGAAGAAGAUCUAGUUCAUCUUCUAAAAGAUGACAAUGAAAUAAUAAAAGAAGGUGUUUUACAUAUUCUAGCAAAGGCUGGUGGAACCAUCCGAGAACAACUGGCUGUGACAUCCAGUUCAGUGGAUCUUAUAUUGGAAAGGCUAUGUCUAGAAGGUAGUCGGAGACAAGCCAAGUAUGCUGUACAUGCGCUUGCAGCAAUAACAAAGGAUGAUGGGCUCAAGUCACUCUCUGUUUUAUACAAGAGGCUUGUGGAUAUGCUGGAUAAGAAGACACAUUUGCCUGCUGUCCUACAGUCUCUUGGGUGCAUAGCACAGACUGCAAUGCCAGUUUUCGAAACUAGAGAGAGUGAGAUUGAAGGAUUUAUAAAAUGCGAAAUUCUAAAGUGUAGUAGUAAAGCAGAAGAUAAUGCAAAAGCAUGUUGGGAUGAUAGAAGUGAGCUUUGUCUAUUGAAGAUAUUUGGAAUCAAAACAAUGGUCAAAAGCUACUUGCCUGUCAAAGAUGCACAUCUUCGGCUUGGGAUUGAUGACCUUCUGGAAAUCCUUAAAAACAUUCUUUUGUUUGGAGAGAUUUCGAAAGAUAUAGAAUCAAGUGCAGUUGAUAAAGCCCAUUUGAGGCUUGCAGCUGCAAAGGCAAUUCUUCGUCUGGCUAGGCACUGGGAUCAUAAGAUACCUGUUGGUGUCUUUCACCUAACCUUGAGAACAUCAGAGAGUAGUUUUCCUCAAGCAAAGAAACUGUUCCUGAGCAAAGUUCAUCAAUACAUAAAGGACCGCCUUUUGGAUGCAAAAUAUGCUUGUGCCUUCUCAUUUAACAUUGUCGGAUCCCAACCAUCUGAGUUUGAAGAGGACAAACACAACCUGGGUGAUAUUAUCCAAAUGUAUCAUCAAGCCAAGGCACGACAACUUUCUACACAGUCUGAUGCAAGCUCCCUGGCUUAUCCUGAAUUCAUACUCCCAUACUUGGUCCAUGCCCUUGCUCAUCAUUCUUGUCCUGAUAUCGAUGAAUGCAAGGAUGUCAAAGCAUUUGAACCAAUAUACUGGAAACUGCAUAUAUUUCUUUCUAUGCUGGUGCAUGGAGAUGAAGAUACCAAGGCAGAAGCUGGCGCUGACAAGGAAAAGGAGGGUAUUUCUGCAAUAAUCUCUAUCUUUCAAAGUAUCAAGCUCUCAGAAGAUAUAGUUGAUGCAGCAAAGUCAAAGAAUUCCCAUGCUCUUUGUGACCUUGGGCUGUCAAUCAUCAAGCGGUUAGUUCAAAAACAGGAUGAUGUUCAAGGGUUGACUUCGUCAAUCACUCUACCUCCAAUUCUGUACAAACUGUGUGAAAAGAAGGAGGGGGAUGAUUCUGUGGCCAGUGAAGGGCAAACGUGGCUGGCUGAUGAGAGUGUGUUGACCCACUUUGAAUCUCUUAAGUUAGAAACUAAUGGAAUGGUUGAUGAAGAAGGGGUCAUAAACGACAAUGAUAGAGAUGGAAAUGAAUUGCCGCUGGGGAAAAUGAUAAAACGCUUGAAAUCUAGGGGAACCAAAUCAAGAAAAGUGAAGAACAAGAAGUCUUCACCAGCUAAGAAGAAACAUGCUGAAAACGAUGUUGAUAUCUUGAAAAUGGUGAGGGAAAUAAAUUUUGAUGCUAUGGGAAUGUCUAGUAAAUUUGAAUCAAGCAAUGGUCAUGAAUAUUCGUCACAUAGAAAAUCAAAAAUGGGUCAGAAACAUGAAAAGAAGAAAAGAAGAAGAUCCACUGAAGUAACACCAGUUACAGUACCUAAACGGCGUAGAUCAUCAUCUGCUAAAUCGUCUCUCCCAAGGAGUGCUUCAAAGGGUUCUGUAAGAGCUUUGCGUGAUAAUUUGCAUCAGGCAGGGGUAUCUUCAUUUCAGUCCACUGAUAUGGAUUCAGAAGUUCACACUGAUUCGGAGGAUAAAGUGUCUGCAUUGAAAAAUAUAGGCGAACCUGCUGAGUCAGACUUGUUGGUAUCAUGCUUCCGAAGGAAUUCAAACUUUUUAUCAAAACGCAAAGGAAAAGGCUCUGACAAGGGUGAUAAUGAUGAGGCUCGUAUUGUUGGAGAAGAUGAAGAUCAUGAUUUGAGGAAGCCUAAUGUGCCAAUGGAGACUGAUAAGAUCCAUACAGCAAGUAAUGUCAAGUCUUCCACAGGAUCUACCAAGAAGCGGAAAAGAAGAAGCAUUGCAGGAUUGGCAAAGUCCACAUCAAAGGAAGGGAGGAGUCAUGCUGCAGACUUGAUUGAUUGCAGAAUAAAAGUUUGGUGGCCAAUGGAUAAGCAGUUUUAUGAAGGCGUAGUGAAAUCUUAUGACCCUAAAGCGAGAAAACAUGUGGUAUUAUAUGAUGAUGGGGAUGUGGAAGUGCUUCGUUUAGCCAGGGAACGCUGGGAGCUUGUUGAAAAUGUUGCAAAGCCUGCUAAGAAGUUGAAUUCAUCAAAGACCCCACCUUCUAAAGGAGUAUCAGCUGACCAGAAAAAUAAGUUUUUGAAUGGUUCACAACAGAACAAGAAACCAAUUAAAUCCUCAUCCUCUAAAGUAAGAGGCAAAAGAACUCCAAGGAAAAAUUUGAAGCAUGUAGAGAAGGCUGGGUUAGAGAGUAACACUGCUACUGAAUUUUGUGAAGUUGAGAGCAGAGGGAGCUCUGAUGUAUCAAAUCCAGAACCUAAUGCAAUGUCCAAAGUUGAAGAUAUGAACUCAGGUGAUUCAGAAGAGAAACUGAAUGAAAGAUCGGAGAAGGGUCUUACUGGUGGGGAAGAAUCUGACAAGGAAGAGAAAUCAAUUUCGGAAGGGAAACAGGUGGAGGAUAAGGAGAAGAGGCCAAGUGAUACAGAGGAAUCAGAGAAGGAAGAAAAACCUUAUUCUGAGGGGAGACCUGUUGAGGAUAAGGAGGGCAUCUGCCAAGAUGCUCAGGAAUCCCCUGAAAAAAAGGAAUCUUAUUCAGAAGAGAGAGAACCAGAAGAAUCAAAAAGAGACUCACCUUCUGGUGAGGAAGCCAACAAAGAAGAGCAAUCAGAUUCUGAAGAGACUCAAGCAGAAAAUUUGGAGAGUAAUCCAACAGACAUGGAUAAAUCUAGCAAGAAAACUUCAGAUCCUUCAAACACCGAGGAUGCCAAAAAUUCUGAUGAUGAGCCUCUUAGCAUGUGGAAGCGUCGAGUAGGAAAACCAGUCUAGAGUGCUGAUGAGUUUAGCAGUAAGGUCAUUAUACCCUGCCCCUCUCGUAAUAAUUCACAAAGCUGUGGUGUCAUGGUGAAUCCCCAGCUGAGGGUGAGAGAAGAUGAAUACCACAUAUGAUCUUAACUAUGCCUCACUAAUAAAUUGUAUGGUGGCCUACUGCAGCAUGUUGUAUGUAACAGUUGGCAUACCCAUGACGAUGCUAGAUCAUUGGUGGAAUCCUGUAUGUGACCCCCCCCUGUAACUGAUGAAUGGUUUGCACCAGUCUCACCAAUGACUAUGGAUGAUGGAUUAUGGGUCUCAUGUACAGUCAUAGUUAACAUACACUGUAAAUCUUUUAACUUUGGCAUCUGGGAUUUAUUUAGUUAGUUGGUUUAUUCAUGUGUGACCUUAACUCAUCAAAUUAAGAACCAUUCACACCCUAGUGGUUUGCCAUUCA